CAUGUCUUUGUGUCCGCCACUCCUCAUAAACUGGUAAGACCCAUUUCGAAGUCAUUCAAUCCAGAUAUCAAUUUGAUCUGGAACGCGAUUAAUUUCCUGGAGACACCUACCACAACGAGUUCCCAUCCUCAUUCGCGGUUUACUGAAGUGGGGGAACUGGAGGCUGAGCUCAUUCAUAACCUACAACUAGAAACUUGUGCAUCAACAUGGCCGCCGUCACACAGACUGAAAUCCAGGUUGAGAAUACCCGUAUCGAGGUAGUGGACCUGCGACCUGGAUCUUCAUCCAAACCAUCGCCCGCAAGAUCAGAUAUCCUCACCAUUAAACAAUACCACCCCGACCUCACACCCAUCGUGGGCCCCUCCCCAACCCACUCCCUCCUCCUCUCCUCCGCCUCCUCAUCCCGCAACCCCUUCUUUCACAACGCCUGCGUCUAUCUUCCCCAGGACGAAGAGCUAUAUCUCACCUCCAACCUAUUGCAAUCAACCAGCAGUUCCAAACUUCCCAUAAUACUCAUUUCCAAAGUCGCCUUCCAGCGUUCUCCUACAGCACCCAAUAGUGCGGAUACCUCGUCAUCCCCCCUCCAGAUCUCAGCCGCAGAAUGGAUGAAACUCCGUCCACCGGGCGUCAUGUCCAUGCCCGCCGGCGCCACGGCAUAUAAAGAUGGAAUUCUGUACUGUUCCCAAGGCGCCCUCGGCAUCCUUGCGUCCGGUGGGCUAUUCUAUAUGAAGAGCGGCAAGCCGCCGGUGCCGCUGGUGACAGCAUACGGGGAUAGACCGUUCAACAGCCCUCAACACGUCGUCGUUGACCGCACCGGGGCUAUCUGGUUCACAGACUCCUCAUCCGGAUUCGAAGCUGAGAUUCGGCCCCCGCCUAGACUGCCAAACCAAGUAUACCGCUUCGACUCAUCGACGGGUAGUCUGCGUGUCGUAGCGAAUGGGCUCGAGAUGCCGAGCGGGAUUUGUUUUAGUCCCGAUGAGGAAACAAUGUACAUCACUGACCUAGGUGCGGCGAAGAAGGAUGGGACGUUGAAUUUACCCAGGGAGACGGUGGUUCACGCGUAUGAUGUCCUUACGCGAGCUGGGGAGCCCUUCCUGGCGCACAAGAGGGUGUUUGCGUUUGUGAUGAAGGGGGUUCCUAGAGCAGUGAGAUGUGAUGGACUCGGGAAUGUAUAUGUGGCUUGUGGGGACGGGGUUGAGAUUUGGAGUCCAGGAGGGAGGUUGUUGGGUGUAGUGGAAGUAUCGGGGGGAUGCUCGAAUCUGGGGUUUGGCAAGGAAAGGGAGAUGUUCGUGUGUGCUGAUGAGAGUCUGUGGAGGGUGCAGCUUCAGGUUGCGGGGGAUCAUGUGAUGGCAGUCGAGUGAGCUGGUCAUUGGCGUUCACUGAGUGGCGAAUCAUUUUACUCAGUUUGCCUCGUAUUGUGAUUCUAGCCGUAGCUUCUCUGAGUCCUAGGAU